UUUAUCAGAUUGAAAGAAAAAUUUCAUUUUCAGAGCAGUUAUUACAAAGAGAGAAGCAAAGUUCGAGCACUAAAGAAGUUGGGUUGGUGGAUAGAUUUGUCCUGGAAAUUGAGUCAUUUGGAUUUGUGGAACCGAUUGGACGGAGCUUUUAUUCUUUCUUAACUGUAAUAUCGUAUACACUUGUAAGGGAAGUUUAAUUUGGAACCGCAUUUGAACCAAGCUGUAUAAGAUGUAUCCCAUGAACAGGUUCAUGGACUCUCAUCCUUACCAAAGGAACCAAGUACCUUAUAAUCCUCAUUAUUAUCCCCACUUCGAACCGAAUUCUCAUCAUAUGAACAUUGAUCAAGCUAGAUCUACUUUACCUUGUGAUUCUUGGCCUUGUGGUGGUAACUAUGGGCAUCCUUAUCCACCCCCGUGUCACAGUUGCUGUCUCCAUAACAAUUCUACAAGCCAAUGUGCGUUCAGACCUCCUUAUCCUUAUUUUUCACCACCUCCCUACAGCAACGGUAAUUAUCCUGCAUAUCCGGUGAUGCAUCCUGCUCAUUAUGUUCCUCCUCCGCAUUUUACCAUGGAGCAACCCCGCUACGAAUAUGAAAAGAAUAUGGACAGAGAUCAUCACUGUUGUGGUUGUCCAAAUCAUCCAUGUAGUAAUAAGAAAGGAGGAAGCAGUGUCAAAAUAGAAGAACAUGACCAGGAUAAGGAAAACGAAAGCAAUGAGUCUAUGGUUCCUCUUGGAUUCAAGAAUUGUCCUUAUCCAGCUGUGUGGUUACCACCUGGUGACCUGAAAAAUAGGGAGCGCAUGAAGCCUAAUGGAUCCAAAGAUAAAGAGGAGGAGGAAGAUUCACAAGUUGUGAAACCGUAUGGCAAUUUCAGGCCCUUCCAACAACCAAAUGUCUGGAAUGUAUGGCCUCCUCAUCAUGGGAACAACUCGGAGUCACCAAAGCAAAGGGGAGAUUUUCCUGGAAAACAACAUCAUGAUGAUGUGAACAGGAAGCAGUUUCCAUUUCCAAUAUUCUGGAUGCCUUAUAAACCUGAAGAAGCCGGAGAGAAAGUUAAUAAGGAGUCUGAUUCUGGCCUCAUUGCUGAGCAGGAGCCAACCUCCCCAUCAAAAUUAAUCAAACCGAUGUUACAUGAUUCUGAAGAGAAGAGAAGCAAUUCUGAAGAACAUGAAGUGAAUAGUGAAAGUGAAAUCCACAGGAAGGGAGUUAAUAAAGAGUCUGUUAUAAAAACCAUUCCUGUAAAGCAAGUGGAGCAGAAUGAGAAGGUCUUGGAUGGAAAAAAGGAGGAUGCGUCCCAAAAGCGUGAUGGUGAUUCUAAACAGAAGAAAAUCACUCAAGACGGAGGUAAAAAUCAGUCCUCUUCUCCUACAAAGUCAUCCAAGUUGCCUCCUGUCUGUCUGAGGGUUGAUCCGUUGCCUAAGAAGAAAAGCAGUAAUGGCAGUUCAAGGUCCCCUAGUCCUCUAGGCGGCAAACGGAAAUUGGCAGAACCGCGCAGUGACAGCUCCAAACCUCCCAUCUUAUCAAACGAGAAGGAGAAGGUUCAACUAGACAAAUCAUCGACAACAAGCAUGCCGGAAAAAAACAUAGACGUGGAACCAAGUAAAAGCAAGACUAAAGUUGUUGAGGUUGCCCAAGGGACGACCAAAGAAGAUAAACUUCAGCAUCAAUGUACUGUUUUCCCUAAUCUGAAACGCCAGGGCAAUGCUAGUAAAGCAGCAAAUGAGACAAAAGAUCAUCCUGAUAAUAGAGUAGCAGCAGAAGCUAAGUCCAGCAAUGAAGGACAUCAGAGAGGUGAAGCCAGGAAAGCAGCUAAUGGAGAAGCGGAUGCAGGUGAUAAAAUGAAACGAGAUAAGAGGAGUGAACUGUCAGAUGAUAAGGCGGCUACGAUGAUUCAGUCGGCAUACCGAGGUUUCAACGUGCGGAGGUGGGAGCCUCUGAAGAAAUUAAAGCAGAUAGCCAAAAUAAAGGAGCAGAUGGCCGAGCUUAAAAUCCGUUGUCAGGAUUUGGAGAACUCAGCUGACAAUGGAGGCGACAGCAAACAGAGAACUAUUAUCACUGAAGCCAUAAUGGAUCUCCUGCUGAAGCUCGACACUAUUCAGGGGUUGCAUCCAACUGUUAGGGAGAAUAGAAAAUCUGUAGCAAAAGAGCUUGUUAGCCUGCAGGAGAAGCUGGAUCUUCUGAACUGUAAGGAGCAACUGACAUGCAGUGAACAGGCUUUAACUGCUAAAUCUAGUGAGGAUACGUGCAGUACGGUAGAAGACAACGUUUCCUUGCAGGGAGGCCAGGAGGUGAAAAAGUUGGAACGGGGUGAUGAUUUAGCUAAGGGGGAAGAAGGACUAAAGUCUGAUGUAAAGGGACCCUGUGAAGAGCAGCCUCUUUGUGCGGAAGGCAUGCUAUCCAACCCUCAUCAUAUAGGCAAUGCAGAGGUACAGGUAGAAACCAAGGACGUUGAGGAGGUAAUGGAGAACUUGGAGAUGGGAGAUGGGGCAUCAGAAAAACCUUUUGAAUCUAGCGAAAAUGCGAAUGAUAAGUUACUUGAUGAGAACACAGCAGUAGUUGAGAAAUUAGAAGAGCAUGAUGAAGCUGAACAAUCUUUGGCAACUACUAAUCCAUUUUCUGAAGAACUAAUAGCAAAUUCUGAUUCACAGGCCAUAGGUUGUGGUUUUAAGGAGAAGGGUGACGUUUUGGAUGAAUUGGAAGAACUCCCUCGAGGAAUCCUUGAUGAAGAGACCAGUGUUCAAGGUCCUGAUGAAAUCAGAAAAGACGAAAUCCUCCAACAUGACAGAGGAGACCUUACUGCACAUAUCCCUGAAGAAAAAGUCUCUGAUACAGAGAGUCUAGAGCACCACCCCUUGGAAGCAUUGGGUGAAACGCCAGUCAUUUUGGAGCAGGAGAAUACGGACAGCAGCAACGGACUAGAGGGAAAUGCAGAAGUUCAGGAAAGAGAUGCAGCAGUACUGAUUGACAUUCCCAAACGGGAGAAAGAUGAUGCAAGACCACCAUUAAAUGAAGAUGCGAACAACUCUGAUGUGGAUGAUAAGGUUGGUAUGGAUAGUGCAUCAGAUGGUUUCUCACUACAAUCACAGGAAGAUGCAAUCUCCACAAACCAGCCAACAGAUACUACCAACAAGGAGGAAUCAGAGACAGAUGAGGUUCUGCAACAGAAAAUGCAAAAUGCAGUAGACAGAGACAUUGAAAUCCUUGGAAACAUCAAAGAACAAUCGGCAGAGCCUCAACUAUCCACUGUUACCAAUGACGAGGUUCAAGAGUAUCACUUUCAGGAUAAGCAGAAAGUUAGGGAGGAAAAUAUGGAGGUGCAAGGUGAGGAAUUUCCAGCUCGCAAUGAUGCUGGGCUCCCUGUACCUGAUAAUGAAUGCAAAGAGCAUAAUGUGGAAGAUGAGCAGAUGCAUGUGGAGGAGAAUUUUGACAUGCAAGGGAAAGAACCGGUGGCUGCCGAUAAUGCUAAAGUGGAUGGAAGUAAAGCUAUGGCUGCUCCAACAUCAGAAGCUGCAACUACUGAGACAGAGCUGUCAGGGGAGAAAAAGCUUGGUGUAGCGGAGCACCACAGCACAUAUCCAUCGACAUGUGAUGCAGUGGAAGGUAAUUCUGCUGAUGCUGCCCAUUCUUUUGGUUCCGUGCCUACUGAAGUACAAGUUAUGGAUGCAAAAGAGCUUAAAGAAUGGAAGAAAGUGGACAUGUCACCAUCAUCACCUACUGCGAGCCAAGUAUCCUGUGUUAGUGAUACACUGUCUGAGAGCGAUAGAAAGCUUAUAGAGGAUAACGAAAAAUUAAGGGAGAUGAUGGAGAAACUAAUCAAAACAGGGAAUGAACAACUGACUGCUAUAUCCAGUCUUUCUGGAAGAGUUAAGGAUCUGGAGAAGAGAUUGUCCAGGAAGAAGAAGCUAAAAUUGAGACGCAAUAAGGUACCAGCAGCUGGGUCAACCUGUGUGAAGCCAUUGAAUGACUCACUCGGAGACAAAGCUGUGGCGUUGGCAAUGUGAGAACAUAAAUCUUGGUGAUUUACUUUUGAUAGUAGUAGUUUGGUUCAUGUGGUCUCCGUCUCUGUUUCAUUGUAUGCUAUGUAUCUGGAAUAACAGUUAUAAAUGUGUUUUCUUCUUAA